CGUNUUUUCGCAUUGCGUUCGCGGCAAAUGAAAAAUUUUCAUUUGGCACUGAUGAUUUCACAGGGAACACCAAUGAUGCUAAUGGGGGAUGAAUAUGGGCAUACCCGCCGUGGAAAUAAUAACAGUUAUGGACAUGAUACAGCUAUCAACAAUUUCCAGUGGGGGCAAUUGGAAGCAAAGAAGAAUGAUCACUUCAGGUUCUUCUCCAAGAUGAUAAAGUUUCGACAGUCACACAGUGUUUUUAAAAAAGAAAAUUUCCUUGACAAG